UUGACCCCAUGUGCCUCAGUCAGUAAGACUGGUAUUAUUGAGCGAUCAGUCCCGGCGCGCCAGGGUUUGUUUGUCUCAGUUACCGCUCUACACUACGUAUAAGGUACCUCUACUACCCACCGCGUGCUUCAAAUCACGACUGUUUAGGUGUGCAGUGUUACCGGGGAAUAAACCGUACGGAUUAUUCAUGGAAAUUCUGACAGACAGGUAAAGGAGAGUGGACUCACCCCGCGGGAUGAAUUUGACAGGAGGAGAGGGGGAGGUGGUGGAGGAGGGGCAGGGCCACCAGCCCCCCACCCUGGACCCGGCACUGGAGGCCCAGGCCCAGCUGCUACUGUUUUCCGUGCCAGAAGAGUCCGAUGUUGAGAUGGAGAUCGACCACGGCCUCGGAAGCCGGACGGACACCCGACUAUCCAUAGGACGUGUCCCGUCCCAGAUGUCGCGUGCCACCAUGGUGCGAACUCCGGCCGCAAGACCGACAACCCAAGAAAAAGUCAUACAGGAAAUGGACGACCAAGAAAAUAUACUUAUCACAGAGUUAAAACAAUCUGAGUAUCGAUUGGAGGAGAGUGAAGAAGUAGAGUCCCCAAGGGAACCAGACAUCUUGUAUCUAGAUGACAAGGUGCCCAUCACAUCACGGACCGAGGAGGACGAGUAUGAUACAGACCUAGAGGUAGAAGAGGACUCUGAGGAUCUCCAUGACACAAGCGGAAAGUCAAACUAUAAGAAGAUCUGUUCCCAGUUCGGCGUGGUACCUAUAUCCUACUUCGUCCGCCACAUCCUGGAUCAGGAACUGGUGAUGCGUUACCAUGGACUUGGACCUGUGGCGGCUAAAGCUAUGGCACUGGUGCUUAAGGACAACGUGACGUUAGAAAAGCUUAAUUUGAACGGAAAUUGGAUAGAGGGUCCAGGAGGAGAAGCGAUGGCCCGGAUGUUGGAGGAAAACGAUUAUAUAUCAGAAGUGUGUUUAUCAGACAAUCGACUGGGUACCACCGGAGCCAAGAGUCUGUGUCGGAUGUUGGGAGUGAACACCGGCCUCAGGAAGAUAGACUUAUCGGAUAACGCUUUCGAGGAUGGAGCCGUCGAAUUUUUCGUAGAAAUGCUAGACAAUAACAAGUAUUUGAAGUCUCUGAAUUUGAGUCGUAACCGGUUUGGGGAGCAGGCUGGCGAACUAUUAGGACCAGCAAUAGCUUCCAACGAUAUACUUGACUCCCUGGACCUCAGCUGGAACCACCUUCGACAGAAAGGGGCGGUGUCCGUAGCACGUGGUCUCAAGGAAAAUGUGCGGCUAAAGUAUUGUUCAUUGGCAUGGAACGGGUUCGGACCGGAAGGUGGUGCUGCAAUCGCUGAUGCCUUGGUAACCAAUAACUCCUUACAGGAAAUCGACAUCAGUGGCAACCGACUUAACGCAGAUGUGGCGGUGAAGGUAGCCAAGGCUAUAGCCGUCAAUGACAACAUCCGGGUACUAAGGAUGGGUAAUAACUUGCUGACGACCAUUGGCGCUAUUGCCCUGGCACGCUCCAUCAACGAGACAGACAGCAGUGAGAUGGAAGAGCUAGACCUAACCGAUAUACCGGUCGAGUUCGAGUUCCUUCGAAUCUGCGAGGAUAUCAAGAUGAAGAGGACUAACUUCAAGGUGACGCACGGUCCUAUAUUGAGGUCUGGCAACACUAUGGAGGACCUUGGCAAGCCAGCUAUCGACCCCUUCAAGCGGAAGGAUCCCGUCAUGGUGCUACAGGAUCACAUCGUCGUCAACGACAUGAGGUUGCUGGACAUUCUUAAAAGACACGACCCCAACGAGACCCUCGAAGUCACCCCAGAACAGUUCAUGGCCGCACUGGACGAGCUGGCUGUGCCGUACGACAAACCAAAAGUGGAUGAGGCCAUAGAACGUAUAGCUAAAGAACAAAAUGGACGCAUACACUUUGGUGAUUUCAUCAAACAAUUCGAGCAAACAGGUGAGGAUGUUAACGCAGCCGAUGAAGAUGACCAAGUCACGUGAUUAGAGGGGCGCGUGAUAAGAGUCGUUGCGGCCAUAUUAGAUAAUCAGAACCGUUCGGAUGGUUUUGUUGUGCAUUAAUCCAUAGGUGCAAAUGUCGAACAGCGUUGAUUGUCUUGUAUGCCAGACUUGUUUGUGUGUAAAUGUCACUACUCAAUGAUCUUUACUAAGACGGUGGAAGGGAUUUGUUUUACUGAAGAUGUCUUUAAAGUGGUACUUCAGAGAGACAAACGAAGACAAAAAUCAUAUAUCAGCAUAAUGAUUUACAUUAUGUUUCCAUUUGUUUAAAAUAGUAAUCUUUCUGUGUAUCUUCCUUAUGCUACUGAUCAGGGUAACCUUGACGACACAACAAGGUCGGUGGUGUGUCCACACUAGCUUUGGUCUACAGACGAUAUACAUAAAUCAUCAGUGAUACCAUAAUCCCUAUUAUGUUUAAGUCCUUUGAAGCAGGACAUUUCUGAUGCACUUGUUCGCCCGUAUUAAAUGCCGCUAAUACAGAUUUUUCUUCCAUGUGUGAUAUGAACUCAGGCUUGAUUGUUUUUGUUCAGUGGUUACAACUCUGUGAGAAGACGACAACAGUGACGUGUAACCAUGGAAUUUAUUCACUAGGAUACAACUCACAGUCAUAAGUACUUCCCUAACAUUCGUGAUGUGUACGCGUUUUACAUGUAUGUACAUGUGUUGUGUAUGUACUCAUUAAUAUGUGUGUUUGUAUUCCAUGAUAUUCGUUAACAUUUGUUACAUGAAAAACGGUUUUUUAAUAUCAAGGUUUAUAUACUGAAUUUUGAUUGAUUAUUUAUCUAUAAACACAUUAUUUCUAUGA